AUGGCGAACCGCUGGUGGACUGGGCAAGUGGGUCUGUCAGGACUAGAAGUAUCAUCGGCCGGCUCGCCGAUGAAGAAGCCAGAUCUGGGCAUAUCCAUGAACGAAAACAAUGGAAGCGGCAGCGGAAGCGGCGGUGGUGGUGGGGACGAAGAAGAGGAGAGAGAAAACAGUGACGAGCCUAAAGAAGGAGCAAUUGAGGUGGGAGCACGGCGACCUAGAGGCCGACCACCGGGUUCGAAAAACAAACCAAAACCACCUAUUUUUGUGACCCGUGACAGCCCCAACGCCCUCCGCAGCCAUGUCAUGGAGGUGGCGAACGGCUCCGAUAUAGCUGAGAGCAUAGGCCAGUUCGCGAGAAGAAGACAAAGAGGGGUUUGUGUUCUCAGUGCAAGCGGUACAGUAACAAACGUGACUCUCAGACAAUCUUCUUCACCUGGUGCAGUCAUGGCCCUUCAUGGCCGGUUCGAGAUCGUCUCUCUCACCGGAGCUUUCCUCCCAGGACCUGCGCCUCCGGGGUCGACUGGACUGACUAUAUAUCUCGCCGGAGGUCAGGGACAGGUGGUGGGUGGGAGUGUGGUGGGGCCACUGGUAGCUGCAGGACCAGUUAUGGUGAUUGCAGCUACUUUUUCUAAUGCUACGUAUGAGAGGCUGCCUCUGGAGGAGGAGGAGGAAGUGGGUAGCGCUGCUCAGGGACAGCUUGGCGGAGGUGGAUCACCUCCGACGAUUGGCGGAGGAGGAGGGCAGCAGCAGGGGGUGAUGGGUGACCCAUCGUCACUGCCAGUUUAUAAUUUGCCACCACAUUUGCUUCCCAAUGGUGGGCAGCUCAACCAUGAAGCUUUUGCUUGGGCUCAUGGCCGCCCACCUUUCUAG